CUUUAAAGUUGCAGCCGGGCGAGACGCGCGAUGACUCGGAUCCCGGUGCCCGGGGCCGGCCGGCCGCUGCCAGCAACUGCUGGGACACAUCGCUGUCCCGCAGCCGGAGCAGGCCCGGUGCGCGCUCCCUCUUUGGCUUAGGGGGAGUUUUUUUUUUCCGUCGCCCUCGCCUUCCUUGUUUUGGCUUUCUACCCGGUGGCAAAGGAGGGCCGGGGAAGGGCGGGGGGGGGACUGUUUCGCCCAGGAAAUCCACAUGCCUGCGGCGGGUCACCUGCGCGGCUCGGCCGCCGGCCCCGGCGUUGCCGUGGAUUACCGCGCCUCCGCGCCCCUGCAGCGGCCGGGUGGCCGUGGGUAGUGCCGGUGCGAUCGCCGCGGGCCUCUUCAGGGCAAACCAUGGAGCCCAGUGCCCCGCCAGACCUGCGGGACGUCGAGCAAAAGCUGGGGCGCAAAGUGCCCGAGAGCCUUGCAGGGCCGUUGCGCGGGGAGGAGCUGCUGGGACGCCCCGUCCCCGCGCCCGCCCGCGGCCCCGCCGCAGCCCUCGGUCCCCGCCGCCGCCGCGCCGCCGCACUGACCAGGCUGGAAACGAAACUUCACCUCCUGAGGCAGGAGAUGGUUAAUCUCCGAGCCACUGAUGUGAAGCUUAUGCGCCAGCUACUCAUCAUCAAUGAAAGUAUUGAAUCAAUCAAGUGGAUGAUUGAAGAGAAGGCCAUUGCCAGCAGAGGUAGCAGUUUGAGUGGCAGCCUGUGCAGCUUGCUGGAAAGUCAGGAGACAUCCUUCCACGGCAGCUGUAACAGUUUACAAGACUGUAGUGAUGGACUGGAUGGAAUAUCAGUGGGGAGUUAUUUGGACACCUUAGUGGAUGAUGUCCCUGGUCACCAAACACCUUCAGAUAUGGACCAGUUCAGCGAUUCUUCUAUUAUGGAGGACUCACAACCUCUGCAUAAGCAUCCCAAAAUUGAUUCUGAUGAGUACUACUGUUUUGGUUAAUAAAACCGAAUUCCAGUGGGACACAAAUGCACUCGUACUUACCGUUUUUCUUUGCUACUUUAUUUCAUGUGCAAAAACCUCCAAACUUCUCUUGGAAGGAAAACAUAACAUGUACUUUGUUUCCAAUAACUUUUUUGUUGCUUCUAAUACAUUUCUCCUUAGUGGGCUGGGCUUUUCUCCUCCUCACCUUUUUCUUAAUUUAUUGUCACAAUUUUUCUUUCUUUUUGUUUCCAUGUUUUGCAAUGCUGUAUUUACAGGUCUUUAAAAGUGGUGAAGGAAAAGCUUUCUCUUUAAAAUGGGACAUCAGGGAACGAGAGCAACAAUUUUUGUAUUUGUUGCCAAUAAAAUAUCUUCUGAUAAACACAUGGUGUGGUAAAUUUUCUUGACUGCAAGGUCCUUUUUGACCUUUCCAAAGACACUGUUCUUACGAGGCCUUAAAUCUGAAUCUUGAAAAUACCUCUGCAAAAUAAUUUUCCUUUUGUAAGCAGUGAUAUUUGAUUCUGUUAAGCUGUCCUUACAUGGAAUAUAAAGUAUCCUAAACUUU